UUUCAUAAUUGAAAUUUAAAUUGUACGGUACUAGUUUUCAAUACUGAACGAUAGGUGCGCUGAGAUCUGACUACAAUAAACUGUAUGACUUUUGUAACCGCGAAACUUGUAAAAUUUAUUACAUAUUGCUUAUUAGCUUAACAAGUGAAAUGUAUAUACUAAUAAUUCUACACGAAAAUAACGAUGUUACAAAAUAAAGUAUUUUGAAAUUCGAAAAUGACGUAUCUCAAUUCAAAAUGAUUCGAUCUUUGGCUCCUAGUAAAACUGGCAAACGCCCAUUGCUAUCUGAUAUAUCUAAUAGUGUAACACCACCAAGGCUUGUACCUGUUCACCAGCCAAAAAAAAAGGUUUGUCGCAACAUCAAAAAUGUACAAAUAGCAGAAUAUAAAGCAGUAACCCUUUCAUCUGAUGAUGUACAAGCCACUCAAGAAAUAAUUUCUGAACAUGAAGAACGUAUGAAAAAACUUCUUAGUAAGCCAUUUAAAAUACCAAUUCCUGGUUAUCAAUUAUCUGGCCGUGCACUGGGAAUACGUUUAUCUGGUCCUCGUAGAGCGUUACACGAUCCUGAGGAAGCUAAUGCACUUGUUGUUUAUUCACCUCCUGAAUUAUCUGAACAUGAGAAAUUGAAAGCAGAUCAAUCUAAACAACUUGUGCAUGUAGUGGUAGAUCCUAUAUUAUGUAAUAUUUUAAGGCCCCAUCAAAGAGAAGGUGUAAAGUUUAUGUACGAGUGUGUAACAGGAAAACGCAUUGAAGGUGCCUAUGGAUGCAUUAUGGCAGAUGAAAUGGGUCUUGGAAAAACUUUACAGUGUAUAACUCUAUUAUGGACUCUGUUAAAACAAGGACCUGAAGCUAAACCACUUAUAGAGAAAGCUAUUAUUGUUGCUCCAAGUUCAUUAGUUAAAAAUUGGUAUAACGAGAUCUUUAAAUGGUUAAAAAAUAAAGUUCAACCACUGGCAAUUGAUGGUGGAAACAAAGCAGACAUCGACACAAAACUUAUUGGAUUUAUGAAAACUUAUGGUCGUAGGUGUAUAAAUCCUAUUUUGAUAAUCAGUUACGAAACUUUUCGUUUGCACGCACACGUUCUUCAUCAAGAUGAGGUUGGACUCGUAUUGUGCGAUGAAGGACAUCGUUUAAAAAAUUCCGAAAAUCAGACGUAUCAAGCGCUUAUAAAUUUGAAAGCCAAAAGAAGAGUAUUACUUAGUGGAACACCUAUCCAGAAUGAUCUUUUAGAGUACUUUUCUCUUGUACAUUUUGUUAAUCAAGGUCUACUGGGAACUGCACAAGAAUUUCGGAAAAAAUUCGAAAUACCUAUUUUACGUGGUCAAGAUGCAGCUGCAACAGAUGCUGAUCGUACUCUUGCUCAAGAACGCUUAACGGAAUUAGUAACCAUUGUGAAUAAAUGUCUUAUUAGACGUACCAGUGCCUUACUUUCAAAAUAUUUGCCUUUAAAAUAUGAAUUAGUGGUGUGCAUAAAAAUGGGAAAAUUACAAACUGAUCUCUAUAAUAAUUUUAUACAAAGCGAUAGUGUUAAAAGAUCGAUGGAAGAAAAUUCAGAAAAUUCCAAGAAGGGAAAAAGUUUUUCUACACUUGCAGCAAUCACAUUGUUGAAAAAGUUAUGCAACCACCCUGAUUUAGUAUAUGACAAAAUAUUGGGAAAAUGUGAUGGAUUUGAAAACGCUGCAAAAUUAAUGCCAGCAAAUUAUAACACAAGAGAAAUCAUGCCAGAAUUAUCCGGGAAGCUAAUGGUAUUAGAUUGCCUUUUAGCAUCUAUUAAAACAACAACAAAUGAUAAAAUUGUUUUGGUAUCUAAUUAUACACAAACUCUCGAUCUGUUCGAAAAACUGUGUCAUAAACGUUGUUAUAACUAUGUUAGAUUAGAUGGCACUAUGACCAUUAAAAAAAGAUCAAAGGUAGUAGAAAAAUUUAAUGACCCAAAUAGCAAUGACUUUAUUUUUAUGCUCAGCUCUAAAGCUGGAGGCUGUGGGUUAAAUCUUAUCGGUGCAAAUCGUCUUGUCAUGUUCGAUCCUGACUGGAAUCCUGCGAAUGAUGAUCAAGCAAUGGCCAGGGUUUGGAGAGAUGGUCAGAAGAAGCUCUGUUUCAUAUAUCGUUUCCUUUGUACUGGUACUAUCGAAGAAAAAAUUUUCCAAAGGCAAGCGCAUAAAAAAGCAUUAAGUUCGACAGUUGUAGAUCAAGAAGAAGACGUUGCAAGACAUUUUACGUUAAAUGAUUUACGAGAUUUAUUUAAAUUGGAGGAAAAUACUAUAUCAGAUACUCAUGCUAAGUUCAAGUGUAAAAGAUGUGUUAAUGGCAUAGAAGUAAAAGGACCGCCCGAACAAUCGGACUGUAAUUCGGAUUUAUCAGAUUGGAGGCACAUCUAUAAUCCACGACAUUUACCAGAUAUACCAUUACGACAGUGCUGGUCGAGUGGCAUUUCAUUUGUUUUCUGCCAUCGAUCACAUGAACAAGUUAAAUAAGAUUAUAAUUUUUAAGAAUAUUUGCGUAUAGGAUAAUAUAAAGGAAGCAAUAUUUUUUUACUGUAAAUGUUUCAUAUUUCAUACAUACUUUUGUACAAAUACAACUAUUACGCUUAUUUAGAACGAAAUCUGUAUGAACAAAUGCACAAUAAAUAUUAUGUAUUUGUUUAA